UCGCCCCUGCCCGGGCGGCUCCGGCUUUAGCGCCUCCCCCAGGAUCCAGCAGGGAGGGAGGAGGUGUGUUGAGGCGGGGGGGAAGGAAGAGAAAGGCAAAGCGCACCCCAUCCCCACUGCGGAGCUGCCGCCGCUCCUUCCCCACCAGCCACCAGCGCGGAAUGAGCCUCCGCUCGCCGCCGCGCUGUCCCCGUGGCCGGCAGCGCCGCGCCCCCAUUGGCUGCCGCCGCCCCCCCGCGCUCCCCAUUGGCCGCGGCGCGGCGCUGCUGCGCGGCGAUUGGCCGAGCAGCGCGUCCAUCGAGCGGGAGCCCCCGGGAGCGCCCGCCCCCGCGGUUAUCAGGUUCGUGUUCGCCGCGGUGCUGGGGCUCGGGGUGCCGAGCGGAGCUGGUUGCGCCCUCAAAGUCCCUGGCUGUGGAGGGGGGGAGGAGGAAGAGGAGGAGGAGGAGGAGGAGGAGGAGGAGGAGGGGUGGGGGGGGUCGGUCUGCAUCGGUGUCACCGCAGGAGCCGGCGACAGCCAGCGACUCCCGCCAGCCGCCGACAUGGACAUGAAGAAAAGGAUCCACUUAGAGCUGCGGAACAGGACGCCCUCGGAUGUUAAAGAACUUGUUCUUGACAACUGUCGGUCAUACGAAGGCAAAAUUGAAGGCCUCACAGAUGAGUUUGAAGAGCUGGAAUUCUUAAGUACAAUCAACGUAUGCUUAACCUCAGUUGCAAACUUACCAAAGUUAAACAAACUUAAGAAGCUCGAGCUAAGCGACAACAGAAUCUCAGGAGGACUGGAAGUGUUGGCAGAAAAGUGUCCAAACCUCACGCAUCUAAAUCUAAGCGGCAACAAAAUAAAAGAUCUCGGUACAAUAGAACCUCUGAAAAAGUUAGAAAACCUGAAGAGCCUAGACCUUUUCAAUUGCGAGGUAACCAACUUGAACGAUUACAGAGAAAACGUAUUCAAGCUCCUCCCGCAACUCACAUACCUCGAUGGCUACGAUCGGGAUGACAAAGAAGCACCGGACUCUGAUGCAGAGGGCUACGUGGAGGGCUUAGACGAUGAGGAGGAAGACGAAGAUGUCUUAUCUCUAGUGAAAGAUCGGGAUGACAAAGAAGCACCGGACUCUGAUGCAGAGGGCUACGUGGAGGGCUUAGACGACGAGGAGGAAGAUGAAGACGAAGAGGAAUAUGAUGAUGACGCUCAGGUAGUAGAAGACGAAGAAGAUGAGGAGGAGGAGGAGGAAGGAGAAGAGGAGGAUGUGAGCGGAGAAGAGGAGGAGGAUGAAGAAGGCUACAACGAUGGUGAAGUAGACGACGAUGAAGAUGAAGAAGAGCCCGAUGAAGAGCAGGGACAGAAGAGGAAACGAGAACCUGAAGACGAAGGCGAUGAAGAUGACUAAACCGAAUAACCUAUUUUGACAAUUUCCUAUUGUGAUUUGACUGUUUUUACCCUGUAUUUCCUCUCCCCACACCCCAACCUUUUUAUUUUCUUUUUUUUUUUCCUUAUUUUUGUUUUGGUUUUUUUUUUCCCCCCAAUUUUAAUGUUGCUGUGGGAAUGAGAGGGAGAAGCAGACUGGGUGGGCAAGGGAAUAAAGUACUAUUUUUACUGCCACUCCUCCUCCUAUUCAUUUUAAAUUCUUUCUUUUUUUUCCCUUCUCUUUGUCCCUGUAACUGCAAUAGUAAGUAUAAACCAAGUGGUAAUUUGUUUCUUAUUAUCGGAGUGGAGAGUUUGACCUCUUUAAAAGACAAAAAAAGUUUCAGAUGAGUGGACGAUACCCCAAAAUACUCUUGUUUGGAGACAGCUGAAGAGUGUUGGCUGUUGGGAUUUUUCCAGUCACUAAAUACAUCGUAAGCAUUUUUUUUGGGGGGGGGGGGGGAAUGCUGCAAAUCUGGGCAAAGCAUCCCUGCGCAGCAGCAGGUGUGAGAAUGGCAUACGGGAAAGUGAUUUCUUUUGUCGCCUGUCCGUGAAUGACUGCCAUUUUCAGCCAACGCUUUCCCUGCUUUCGUAGGUACCUUUUCUUUUGCUGUUUUGUAAAUAGUGACCAAAUGUUUUUGUCGGGGUUUGGUUUUGGUAUUUUCCUUUGGAUCUGGUUUGUGGGGUGAAUUUGCAAUCCCAUCCCUGCCCUGUGUGUUGUGUGUUUUCCUUUCUGUUUGUUUUUUGGGGUUGUUUUUUUGGCUAGGGUAUAGCCAAUACACUGAAAAUGGCAGGCAUUGAAAUAUAUAUAUAAAUAUAUAUAAAAAGUGUUCCUAAUUCCUGAGUUACUAGUGAAAUGAAUUUGACAAUUGUAAUAAAAACACCCUUUCAACCCUUUUAAAUAAGGCGUGUACUAUUUUGGUCUGUAAUAUAUAACACCUAGGCAAUUUUAAGUGAUGAGAAACUACUUCCACUUGUGCUCUAUACUUUGAAACUUUAUACAAACCUAAAUACAGGAGGCAGUUCCGCAUGUAGGGUAGGAGGUUUCUUUUCGUACACUCAAGCACGAGAUACUAAUACAAAAAUUGUAUUUUCUUACCUAGUGGAAGUCAGUAAAAUGACUGCAAAUACCUAGUGAAUGUACAGUUUUACUUUCAUAUCCCUCUUUCAAAUAGCUUUAGAAGUGACUUGUAUUUCCUAGUCAAUAUUUCAUCUGUAUAAAUACAUUUGCAACAGGUUUUUUUUUUUUUUCUCCCAGA